UUUCCGGAACGUGUUUUUUGUGACGGUGUGUGCUAAUCGUGCUAAAGGUCAAAGCCAAGUGCAGCAAACUGGAGUCUCAAAAGAGGACAACCCCCAUCUAAUCCCGGAUCUUUGGCAUACACAGUACAUUGUACUGUAAAGACUUGCAACGAAAUAGGACUUUUCUUUCCGAGCAGUAACAACAAACACGCAGGCAGUAAAGAUGGAGGACCAGGCAGCUUCAACGGGGAUGGAAGGCGUCGAACCGCAGAUGACCGGAUUUAUGAGCUAUAACGAUACCAACGUCCUGGGUGUGGUGUCACCGUCGGCCCCAGUCGCGCCCGCGACGCCCUGUUACGACGAUCUGUUUCCGGCGCUGCCGGAGAGUGAACCGCCGCGCUUCAACAAUCCCCUGUCGCCGGCCGCCCAGAGUAUGCGCGUCGGUAGCUCGAUCGUGACGCAGGUAUUCAUCGUACCGUCCGGCGAGCGCAAGUACGACUCGGACAAGUUCGGCGAGGGUGAAUCGCUGCGCACGUGCCAAACGAUCAUGAAGGAAACGCACGCGCACAUCGAGAUCUCGAGCGCCAAGGACCAAUCGCUGACGUUCCUGGUGACGGGCAAGCCGAACGAGGUGCUCGAAGCGCGGCGCAAGAUUCUGGUCCACUUCCAGACGCAGGCCAGCAAGACGAUCAGCAUCCCGCGCGAGCACCAUCGCUGGAUCCUCGGCAAGAAGGGUGACCGCUUGCGCGAGCUCGAGCGAUCCACCUCGACCAAGAUCAAUGUGCCGCGCAUCAGCGAGGACUCGGACGCGAUCACGAUCCUGGGCACGAAGGAAGGCAUCGAGAAGGCCGAGCACGAGAUUCGCACGAUGUCGGACGAGCAGUCGCGCAAAGCGUUCGAGCGGUUCAACGUGCCGAAAAUCUACCACCCAUUCGUGAUCGGAGCGUUCGGCGAAAACCUGUCGAAGAUGACGGAGGAAACGGGCGCCAAAAUCAACGUGCCGCCGCAAUCGGUGCAGAAGGACGAGAUCAUAAUCACGGGCGAGAAGGAAGGUGUGCUGCAGGCGAAGGCGCGCAUCGAGGCGAUCUACAAGGAGAUGGAAAAGAAGUGCACCUCGGUGGCGGUCGAGGUGCCGCGGGCUCAGCACAAGUACGUGUACGGCCCGCGCGGUUCCACCAUCCAGGAGAUCCUGCAGAUGACGGGCGUGUCGGUAGAGAUGCCGGCGAGUGACUCACCCAGCGAUACGAUCACGCUGCGCGGAUCGCAGGACAAGCUGGGUAAUGCGCUGAGCGUGGUCUACCAGAAGGCGCACUCGAUCCGCACGAACGUGCUGGAGUGCCCGCAGUGGAUCCACAAGUACAUCAUUGGGCGCGAGGGCAGCCUGAUCAAGGAGUUCUCCGUCCAGCACCCGAACGUGCACGUCGAGUUCAACGAGGACAAGAUCAAGAUCGAUGGGCCGCCGGAGCAGGUGGAAAUUGCGUCCGAGCAGCUGCAGGAAAAGGUAAACGAGCUGACCGGCCGUCUCACGUUCGCGGAGAUGAUGGUCGAUCCGGUGCACUGCAAGCACAUCAUCGGCAAGGCGGGCUCGAACAUUAACCGCAUGAAGGAGGAGUACGAGGUGCAGAUCAACAUUGACGAGAAGGACUCGAAACCGAUUCGCAUCGAGGGCCCGGCCGAGGGCGUGGCCAAGGCCCAGCAGGAGCUGCUGGAGAAGAUCGCCAAGUGGGAGAACGAGAAGGAAGAAACGAUCAACAUCGAUCACCGGCUGUUUAAGACGAUUAUCGGUGCGAAGGGCGAGUCGAUUCGCGAGAUCCGCGAGAAGAACAACAACGUGCAGAUCGUGUUUCCGGGCCCGAACGAUAAGUCGGAUAUCGUGAAAAUCCGGGGCCCGAAGGAGGACGUGGACCGGUGCCACAAGUAUCUGACGCAGUACGUGAAGGAGCUGCAGAAGAGCUCGUUCGUGAUGGAGGUGCCCAUCUUCAAGCAGUUCCACAAGUACAUCAUCGGCAAGGGCGGGGCGAACAUUAAGAAGAUUCGCGACGAAACACAGACCAAGAUCGAUCUGCCGGCCGAGGGUGACGCGAACGAGGUGAUUCUCAUCACGGGCAAGAAGGAAAACGUGAAGGAGGCCCGUGAGCGCAUCCAGAAGAUCCAGAACGAGAUGGCAAAUAUCGUGACGGAGGAGAUCGUCAUACCGGCCAAGCACCACAUUUCACUGAUCGGAGCGGGCGGCAUGCUGAUCAACGCGAUCAUGGAAGAGUGCGGUGGUGUGUCGAUCAAGUUCCCGAGUUCGGACUCCAAGAGCGACAAAGUGAUCGUACGUGGCCCAAAAGAGGACGUGGAGCGGGCGAAAUGGCAACUGCUGGAGCUGUCGAGUGAGAAGGAGCUGUCUUCGUUCUCCGUGCAGAUCCGUGCCAAACCGCAGCACCACAAGUUCCUGAUCGGCAAGAAUGGUGCUUCGAUCAAGAAGAUACGCGACAAGACCGGUGCUCGAGUUAUUUUCCCUGGUGUCAACGAAGAGGACAACGAGGCGAUCACGAUCAUUGGCAAGAAAGAAAACGUGGAGGAAGCAAAGGCCGAGCUGGAGGCGAUCAUCAAGAACAUCGACAACAUCGUCGAGGACGAGCUGAGCAUGGAUCCGAAGUUCCACAAGCACUUCGUCUCCAACCGCGGCAAGGUGCUGAAGCGCAUCGAGGAAGAGUGCGGCGGUAUGUCGAUUUCGUUCCCGCGUAGCGACCGCGGUGAGCGCCCCGAUCGCGUAACGCUCAAGGGGCCGAAGGAUUGCAUCGAGACGGCCAAGCAGCGCAUGCUGGAGAUCGUCGGGGAGCUGGAAUCGAUGGUCACGAUCGAGUGCUUCAUUCCCGCGCGUCACCACCGCAUCGUGAUGGGCAAGGGAGGCUCCAAGGUGCAGGGCAUAACGUCCGAGUUCGGAGUGAAUAUAAAGUUCCCCGAGCGCGGCACGAGCGCUGUCAGUUACCACGAGCACCAGCACCAGCACCACCCUUUGUCCGCGGAGGUCCCGAACCAGAACGGUAACGGUGACGGUGCCCCCGACGGCGCUGCUGAAACGGGAAAUAUCGUGAACGGUGGAGCUGUUGAGCCGCCCGUUCCCAAAGAACCGGUCCACAGUCUGGCCGACCUGAUUCGCAUCAGCGGCAACAAGGAACGGUGCGAACAGGCGAGGGACGCCCUGCUAGCUUUGGUGCCCGAGACGGAAGAAAUCAACGUAGCGUUCGAUCUACACCGCUCGCUGAUCGGUCAGAAGGGACGGGACGUGAAGGAACUGAUGAAUACGUACGAUGUGCACAUCGAGAUGUCACCGCAGGACAAACGGCUGGACAUCAUCAAGGUGACGGGCACGAAGACGGCGAUCGCCGAGGCGAAGGAAGCCAUCGCCGAGCGGAUCAAGGUGCUGGAAGCGGAACGCGAGGACCGCGAGGCACGCUCGUUCGAGAUCAAGGUCGAGGUCGACCCCACGUACCACCAGAAGAUCAUUGGCCGGCGUGGGGUGGUCGUGAACAAGAUUCGCGCCAACCACGGUGUGCAGAUCUCGUUCCCGAAGCAGGACGACCCGUACAACAAGAGCGUCAUCACGAUCCAGGGCUACGAGGAGAAGGCGAAGGCGGCACGGGACGAAAUCCUGGGCAUGGUCGAAACGCUCAGCUCGGUCUACAAGGAGGAGAUGUCGAUCGACGAGCGAACGCACCGCCGUUUCAUCGGGUUCCGUGGCAAGCGGCUGCGCGAGAUCAAGGAACAGUUUAACGUGGAGAUCACUUUCCCGCGCCCCGAAGAUCCGGACAAAUCGCUCGUCAUCCUGGCCGGAACGCCCGACAACGUGGAGUCGUGCCGCGACUAUCUGCUCAACCUGGAGGAGGAGUUCUUGCAGGACGUGAGCGCAGCUCCGACGCAGCCAACCACCUUCUCGCAGAUCAUGGAAGACAUGACCAACCAGAACACUCACACCAACAAGCAGGGCUUCAUCGUGAGCGGUGCGCCGUGGGAACGCAAGACACCCAACACGCAGUCGCUGGUCGAUUUCCCCGACUUUGGCGGGCUCGGAGGUGGAGCCGGUGGGGCAGCCAGCAGUGACCAGGGGCAGGGUCAACAGCAGCAGCAGCAGCAGCAGCAGCCGCAGCAGCAGGGUCAGGGUCCCAUCAACUCGGCAUGGAAUGCUAAACACUAAGGACCGAAGCGGCGGGGAUGCCUGGCAGACAGAGAGUGGCAGAAGAUGCGCCCCGAGGGUAAUCCAGACAGACGAAAACGCCAAGCAUCGCUUAUUGGGUUUAGGUUCCGGCUUUGCGGCAGAACCGACUGAAUCAAGAACCGGGGGACACACACAUAAUGCACUUUCGCAAUGACGAUCAUGGCAAGUAGCACAGUUAAAGACACACGGUGGAGACAGUCAGUGAGAGAAGAGAGUUACGGAAACCCGCACCCCCCGCACAGGCCCCCCAUUCUUGUGACACACUCCGGAAUUGACAAUGACCGACCUCGAUCAUCAUCGUGUGUGGUGGUGGUGGCCGGCGGGGCAUUAUGAGCGAACUGUUUCACCUUUUUUUCGACCUAUGUGCAAUUCGUCAUUUAUAUUGUAAAUAGGAUAAAGAGAUCACGGCAAUGAGCACGGGAUUCAAGUGAACAACAUUUGAUCGAUAGAGUAUGGCUAAAGAACGGUCACCGCAAAUUAGUAAAGUAGGAAAAUGUGGCCCCGAAGCCCCGAAAUGGUAGACAAUAGUGGGCCGCAGAUAGAUAAGACAUGUAUGCCAACACACAUUACACACGAAAGGAUCGAUCGCCACCUCAAGGAACCAGUUUAUUUUUAUUUGAAUAAUUUUGUUGUGCGACUGAAUUGUAUGUUUGUGUUAUGUUUUUUUCUUUUCUGGCGCACCAGCGUUAAUGGGGACCCGGGUUCUAUCGGCUUAUACAUCGUGCAGUAGCAGUCCCCAUCGCGUUGGGCAACGACUGGUUGAUUCAUGUCGUUCUUUUUCUUUUCGUUCACUCAGCGUAAUGGAAUAUGAACGAAACAAGGCGCCAGCAGCAGUUUCGCUGAGGUGUGUGGCCGUGCAAAGUCUGCGAACCGAGACACUCUUCAGAAACACAAGAAAUACCGACACCCGCAAAGUACACCCGGAAAACGCAAUCGGAGAUCGAACGGAACGGCAAUAGGGCGAAAGGAUGGAUUUAUGUUGUUGACCACAUGGCUACGGUUGAUUCAAUUAUUUCUAACAGGAAUUGCAACGGAACACUUAGAAUAUAAGCGAACGCUGGGCGGCGCGCACACAUCGUAGUAAUGGUGCCGGGCUCCUCUUUAGACUAAUGUUUACAGUUUUAGGUAGAGCUUUUGUUUAUUUUUUCUCUGUUUUUUCGUUCGUUCGUUCGUUUGGUUGUCUCAUUUCGCAAGAGCUUGCUGUUGCCGGUCGGCAUUUGCCGUUAGCAUUUCGGUUUUGUUUGAGAGUGAUCGAUUUUUAUUCACCCUUUUCGCGUGCUUCACCCUCUCAACCCUCUACGGACGGCGUAUGGCAUGGCUUAGGAAAAAAAGGGGGAAAACUAAACGAAAGCCCCGAAACGGAACGGUGCAAUGAUUGAUCUUCGAAAACUAGAUUCAUAUAGAUAUUCCCUCUUGCAAUGUUUAUUUACUGUUCAGUGUCGUCUACGGAGGUCUACGAUUUCGGUUCCAUUCGCAUCACUGAUCGCCCCAGUCCUUGUGAGAGGAUCGCAGUUCCGGUGGCAUUAACGAUGCGCACGUCAUGCUGAACUUAUAAAGAUUCUAAAAGCAAUCAUUUACUAGACAGAAAGCGAGAAACUAACGUUAAGUAGAGGAAUGAGGGGAACCGUGCAAACAGUGUCGGCAACCGGUGGCUCAUACGUUUCGAACGCAAUCUUGAUCCUCUCUCGAUUAAGCUCAAGCUGACUCGGAUACGGUUAAAUGAUGGGGCUAGGUGCAGGGAAGAAGACAUCAAAUUGGACAUAGUUAGAUUUUAAUAACUCUAGGAUCGAAAUAGCUCGUGCGCUGGCAGGAUCGCGGAUGCAGGGAUGCAGGGAUGCGUUUCAAAGUUACGUUAAACUACUACUACUCAACCACAAACCCGGAACCGGGGGAACCGGGGGAACCGGGAGGUGAUCCGGCACGCAAUCAAUAAACACAAACAGAUUGCUCACCGCAGCACCAUGUUUGGCAUCCAUUUGCGGUAAGCCCGACCAAACUGAGCUGCAGUUUUAUUGCGAAAAAUUAGCUUCCCUUUUUUCACGUGUUCCUUUGACACGGAACCGUUGUCAGCAAUUCCGACGCUGGGAUAACAGAGUGUGUGUGGACCACGCCAAAAGUGUAGCCGUUAUAAACGGCCACCUUUCGCUGUGCGUCUACUUCUGCAGCGCUACUCGCCAGUAAAGGGUGUUGCGUGUGUACCGAUUACCGAUUUCGAUACGUGACGGAAUUUAGAAAGAAAGCAACAAAAGUGUAACAAAAGUUAGAAAAGAUAUAUAUAUAUAUUAUACAAACACACACACACGUAUAUAUAUAUAUUUUGAUAAUCAAAUAUUAUUUCCAUCCUCUUAUAACAGAGAGAACAGAGAGAGAGAGUGGGGAACAAUUGCGCCACAGAACGAAGUGCGAUCGAUACGAAGCAUUGAGAGGAAGAAAACCAAAAAGCAGGGUACAAAACCCAAUCGGUCAUACGAAAAGGAAGAUUAAUGAGAACCUUUCUAGGACCGAACAUGAACACGAACACAAUAAUAACAACAGAAACAAAAUGUCACACGACUAAUGAUGAUCGGCCAGCAGGAAGGCAAAUCUAAUCAUACAAACAAUACAUUGAACUAACAUAGGACAUAAACGAAUGCGUUGAUCCGAGAUGAUUGAGAGUGGGUGCCGCAGCUGGCCAUUCUAGCAAAACCAGUUUAAAACUCAUCAUCAAGCGCCCGGCAACUAACCACAAUGGCGAAACUGCGAAGCCACUGAAAGUGACAAAACUGGCGAGACCCAGCCAGAGAGCGGGGGGCACGUAACGCUAAAUCCUAAACAAAAUAAUGCGAUGCAGCGUUUUGAGGCGAAAGCAAGGGGGCCGCGACGGACGGACGGGCGGAAGGAUGGAAGGAACUACGAUAAGCUUCCUUUACAAUAUUAAUAAAGAGUGAAAUAAUACAUACACCACAUCAUCCAGGAGGAGAGGAGCGCAUCCGCGGCGAUCGUCGGGGGUCGACCUAAAAACUGCCCGCGUCGCGUAACCAGUUGAGCGCGUUUAUGGUGCACAGAGUUUGAUGCGGGAGCAAAGCUUGUGGUAAAAUAAAUCUUAUUACAUUUUCU